UCUCAGAUAAAAAUACAGAAGCCCCCAUUAAUGCUGCUCGCCCCUCUGUCAUUAAUGCUCUUAUCAUCUUCUCCUUUAGCUUCCCCAGUUUCUUUCUCGUCUAUGUGUUAAUCCGACAAACACACACAAGAACACCGAACAUUCUCAUCCACGAUUUCUGCAUUUGUCCUCACUUCUUCUACUCUCUUUCUUCUGCUGCUGCUUUUCUGUUCUCCUGACUUUUUUCAGGGAUUUGAUUAGAAACUCGUUUCCUUGGAGUUUUCUCGAGAAGAGCGUCUAGGAUCACGAGCUGGUUUCGUUUCUUUGACUUGAGUUGACUAGCCAGACACUCGUGUGUGAAUUUCCAAAUUCUAAAGCAAAAACACUUAGAUGGGUCUCUUUCAGUUUCCUCUCAGAAUCCAAAUCUGUUGCUCAUUCUAGGGCUUUGUUUCCUUCCUGCUAAUUUAUCAUGGUUCUUUCAAAGAUCUUGCCAUUGCUCUUUUUUUCAUGGGUCUUGUUGUUACAAAGCACCCAUCAACUUCAAAACUCUCAGACCCAGGUACUGUAUCAGCUCAGGAAGCAUCUGGAAUUCCCCAAAGCUCUGGAGUCUUGGGGAAAUUACUACGGAGACUUAUGUCAAAUCUCUGCAACUGCUCAUAUGAGCAUCUCCUGUGAAGGUAAUUCUAUCACGGAGCUUACGGUCAUGGGGGACAAGCUUUUAAAACCAUUUGGUAUGUUUCAUGGAUCUUCACUCCCAAACCACACUCUCUCUGAAGCUUUCUUAAUUGAGUCUUUUGCUACCACAUUGACAAGGCUUACAAGCUUGAAGGUUCUUAGCUUAGUGUCUCUAGGAAUCUAUGGUGAGUUACCAGGGAAGAUCCAUCGGUUGAAUUCUCUCGAGUACUUGGAUUUGAGUUCAAAUUAUCUCUUUGGGUCUGUCCCUCCUGACAUUUCCAGACUGGUUAAGCUUCAAAGUCUGAUGCUUGAUGGAAAUUACUUCAACGGCAGUGUUCCUGACACGUUGGAUUCCUUGACCAAUCUUACUGUUCUUAGUUUAAAGAACAAUCGGUUCAAAGGUCCAUUUCCUUCUUCAAUCUGCCGAAUUGGAAGACUAACAAAUCUUGCUCUAUCACACAAUGAGAUUUCUGGUAAAUUGCCUGAUCUCAGCAAGUUAGAGCAUCUGCAUAUGCUGGAUCUAAGAGAGAACCACUUGGAUUCUGAACUACCUGCAAUGCCUAAAAGAUUAGUUACUGUUCUACUGAGCAAGAACUCCUUCUCUGGCGAAAUUCCCAGUCGUUUUGGCGGUUUGUCUCAGCUUCAGCAUCUUGACAUGUCGUUUAAUCAUCUCACUGGAACUCCAUCUCGGUUCUUGUUCUCUUUGCCCAGCAUUAGUUACUUGGACUUGGCAUCUAACAAGCUCAGCGGGAAGCUUCCUCUCAAUCUGACCUGUGGAGGCAAACUUGGAUUUGUGGACUUGUCGAACAACCGAUUAAUUGGGACACCUCCCCGUUGCUUGGCAGGCGCUUCCGGCGAGCGGGUUGUAAAACUCGGUGGAAAUUGCUUUUCCAUAAAUGGUAAUCAUGAUCAGCAUCAAGAAUUCUUAUGUGAAGAGGCUGAAACUGAAAGAAAACAGUUACAAGGAAGAAAAAUUGGGACUCUAAUUGCUGUAAUUAGUGGAGCUAUUCUUGUUCUUGUGUUGUUUGCAUUCGGACUCCUCCUGUUGUGCACAAAGCGCUCCUGUUGUUUUUGUUGUUCAAGAGAAAAGUCAGUGUCACAAACUCGGCUUAAGGUUGUGACAGAUAAUUCACACACCAGUCUCUCCUCUGAAGUUCUUGCUAGUGCAAGGUUAAUCUCUCAAACGGCAAAGCUAGGUGCACAAGGUGUGCCCUCAUGCCGAUCAUUUACUUUUGAGGAGUUAAAGGAAGCCACAGACGAUUUCGAUUCAUCACGUUUCUUAGGUGAAGGCUCCCUAGGAAAGCUAUACAGAGGAACAUUGGAAAAUGGAAGUUCCAUAGCUAUAAGAUGUCUGGUUUUAUCAAGGAGAUUCUCAAGCCAGAGUAUCAGAGGUCACCUAGAUUGGAUGUCGAAGCUCAGCCAUCCUCAUCUCCUUAGCUUCUUGGGCCAUUGCACUCAAACCAACGGAGAACACGAUCCUGCAGCGACCAUACUCUACCUUGUAUACGAGUAUAUGCCCAACGGGAGCUAUCGCGCGCAUCUAUCAGAAUCUUGCUCGGAGAAGAUCCUAACGUGGCCAGAUCGGCUAGCAAUCCUGAUUGAGAUAGCAAAGGCAGUUCAUUUUCUUCACACCGGUGUAAUGCCUGGUUCCUUUAACAAUCAGCUGAAGACGAAUAACAUUUUGCUUGACGAACACAAGAUUGCAAAACUCAGUGACUAUGGAGUCUCUACCAUCAUUGAAGAGAACGAAAAGCUCGAGACAAAGUCAGAAAUCCACAAAUCAAAGAAAAUGGCGAAAAGAGAGGACGAUGUAUACAACUUCGGAUUCAUACUUCUGGAAUCUCUGAUAGGACCAUUGCCCACUACAAAAGGAGAAGCCUUUCUUCUCAACGAAAUGACGUCAUUUGGGAGCCAAGACGGUCGACAGAAAAUAGUGAAUCCAACGGUCCUAACAACGAGUUCACAGGAGUCUUUAGCGAUUGCGAUCUCAAUCGCCAAUAAAUGCGUUUUGCUUGAACCUUCCGCAAGACCUUCCUUUGAAGACGUUCUCUGGAACUUACAGUACGCAGCUCAAAUGCAGUCUGCCGCAGACGCUGAACGCAAAUCUGACACGUCGUCGUGAAUCCGGAGGCUAAUGAUUGAUAGUUUUUUCGUUGUGUCUUCAAAAUGUAAAUUCUUCUAAGUUUGGCUUUUCAGGGGAACAAAAAACUUUUACGAGUGAAAAAAAGCAUAGUUCCUUCUCUAGGAUUUUAUUUCGUUAAAUACAUAUGGAUUGAAGAUAA